AUGGGAUUUUAUCAGUCCAGAUCGGAUACUUCAUUGUUCAUCUAUCGCACGAAGGGCUCUGUCAUAUUCCUACUUGUCUAUGUCGACGAUGUCAUUAUCACAGGUAACAAGUAUCAGUUAACAGAGCAACUUAUAGAAACUCUUGAUAUACAAUUUGCACUCAAGGACUUGGGACAACUUCGAUACUUUCUGGGAAUACAAGUUCACUAUUUAGACUCUGGCCUACUAAUCAACCAGUCGAAGUAUGUGGAUGAUCUACUGCAUGAACUUCAUUUGACGGAUGUGAAACCAAUGCUCUCGCCAACUGUCCAAGGUAGGAAAUUAUCAAAGACUGAUGGACAGCCCCUCUUUGAACCUUACAUAUAUCGCAGCACCAUCGACGCCCUUCAGUACUUAACUCAUACACGGCCGGACAUCACCUAUGUUGUCAACCAACUGAGUCAAUUUCUUCAAACUCCAACUGAUGUCCAUUGGCAGGCAGCUAAGAGAGUUCUUCGCUACAUCAGCAGCACAAAACACUAUGGUCUUUACUUUCAACCAAGCCUGAAUCUAAAUGUCUUUGCCUACUCAGAUGCUAAUUGGGCAUCUAAUCUUGAUGACAGGAAAUCAGUGGCUGCCUACUGUACCUUUGUAGGAAACAACAUUGUAUCAUGGUCCUCGAUAAAGCAAGCGGUGGUUGCAUGA